UAUAGCGUCGGUGCACAAUAUAGUUUCACCUCUUCCUAUAUUAUCUGCAUACAGUGAUUACCUCAACGACCACCUAGUAGUGCUCCCCCCCAGCUUCCAGUCGACCAAUUGACUGUGACUUACUACUACCUAAACAAAGCGCAUAAUUACUGUUGUCUAGAUGGCGACUCGUCUUUGUCGCGCGUUUGCUGGCGCACCGCUUGCUGCCAGUCGCGGCUUGUUGCACCGAGUGGUGACCAGCACAGCUCCCGUUUCACGUCCUGGGCAGACCUCACGUGCUUUCAGGACCACCACCGUCUGCAACCUCCAAGCCGGUAUCGUGGGGCUGCCCAAUGUUGGCAAGUCCACCCUGUUCAACGCGCUUGUGGAGAACGGCAAGGCUCAGGCCGCCAACUUCCCCUUCUGCACCAUCGAGCCCAAUGUGGGCAUUGUGCAGGUUGAGGACCCGCGGCUCAAGGUGCUCAGCUCCAUCUCGGGGUCCAAGGACCUGCUCCCCGCCACCGUUGAGUUCGUUGACAUCGCGGGUCUGGUGAAGGGUGCCAGCCGGGGCGAGGGCAUGGGCAACCAGUUCCUGACCAACAUCCGCAACACGGACGCCAUCUGCCAGGUGGUGCGCUGCUUCGAGGACGACGACAUCAUUCACGUGGCGGGCAAGGUUGACCCUCUGGACGACAUCGACGUCAUCAAUCUGGAGCUGGCGCUGGCGGAUCUGACGGUGCUGGAGAAGCGGGUGGAGAAGCUGAAGAAGGGCAAGAAGUCCUCAGACCAGGCGGAGCGGGACGAGGUGGAGUUGGGCGCGCUGGCCAAGAUCCAGGCGGCCAUCGAGGCGGGUCGCGGCGCCCGCACCGCGACCCUCUCCCGCGACGAGGCGGCUGCGGUGCGCGGGCUGGGUCUGCUGACUCUGAAGCCGCUGGUGUACGCAGCCAACGUGACGGAGGAGGACCUGGCGAGCGGGGGGGCGGAAAACCCGCACGUGAAGGCGCUGCGGAGCCGGGCGGCGGAGGAGGGCGUGGAGGUGGUGGUGGUGAGCGCCAAGGUGGAGGCGGAGCUGAACGAGCUGCCCAAGGAGGAGGCUCGUGAGUGGCUUGAGAGCCUGGGUGUGACGGACGGCGGGCUGUCCUCGCUGGUGCGCGCCACCUACUCCACGCUGGGGCUGCAGACCUACUUCACCACGGGGGAGAAGGAGACGCGCGCGUGGACCAUCCGCAAGGGCAUGACGGCGCCGCAGGCAGCGGGGGUCAUCCACUCGGACUUUGAAAAGGGUUUCAUCCGCGCCGAGACCAUCUCCUACUCCGACUACGUGAAGCACGGCGGCUACGGCGGCGCCAAGGAGGCGGGGGCGCUGCGGCUGGAGGGCAAGGAGUACGUGGUGCAGGAGGGGGACGUGAUGCUGUUCAGGUUCAACGUGUGA